CGUUCCGAGAAGGGCCGACCCAGGAGUGGCGUCCCGGUUGGAGGGCGGGCGGCGCGGCGUGGUCAUGGACAGCGGAGGGAGACCGUCGCUGGGCCAGUUCAUCCUGCUGGGUACCAGCUCCGUCGUCACCGCCUUCCUGUACUCAGUGUACCGGCAGAAGGCCCAGGUCUCCCGGGAGCUCAAGGGAGCUAAAAAAAUCCACCUGGGUGAAGAUUUAAAGAGUAUUCUUUCAGAAGCUCCAGGAAAAUGUGUGCCUUAUGCAGUUAUUGAAGGAGCUGUGCGAUCUGUUAAAGAAACCCUGAACAGCCAGUUUGUGGAGAACUGCAAGGGGGUGAUUCAGCGGCUGACGCUGCAGGAGCACAAGAUGGUGUGGAAUCGAACAACGCACCUCUGGAAUGACUGUUCCAAGAUCAUCCACCAGAGGACCAACACGGUGCCCUUUGACCUGGUGCCCCACGAGGAUGGCGUGGAUGUGGCUGUGCGUGUGCUGAAGCCCCUGGACUCGGUGGACCUGGGCCUGGAGACGGUGUACGAGAAGUUCCACCCCUCGGUGCAGUCCUUCACGGAUGUCAUUGGCCACUACAUCAGCGGCGAGCGCCCCAAAGGCAUCCAGGAGACGGAGGAGGUGCUCAAGGUGGGAGCCACACUCACGGGCGUCGGCGAGCUGGUCCUGGACAACGAUGCCGUCCGCCUGCAGCCCCCCAAACAGGGCAUGCAGUAUUACCUCAGCAGCCAGGACUUCGACAGCCUGCUUCAGAGGCAGGAGUCGAGCGUCAGAUUCUGGAAGGUUCUGGUGCUGGUCUUCGGUUUUGCCACGUGUGCCAUGCUUUUCUUCCUCCUGCGGAAGCAGUACUUGCAGUGGCAGGAGCGCCUGCGCCUGCAGCAGAUGCAAAAGGAGUUACAGGAGCAGGUGUCCCGGAUGCUGAGCGAGGCCCAAUCCGAGGACAGGGAGGGCCUGGGCCCCACCUGUGUCGUGUGUCUGACCAACGUCAGGUCCUGUGUCUUCCUGGAGUGCGGGCAUGUGUGCUCGUGCAGCGAGUGCUACCUGGCCUUGCCGGAGCCCAAGCGCUGCCCCAUCUGCCGGAGGGAUGUCACCCGGGUGGUCCCACUGUACAACAGCUAGGCAGCAAACAGCCCUCCCUGCCUCAAGGGCUG